AUGUCGCAAAUAAAUAAUAUUAGUAGUUCUCAACACACAAAAGAGACAUUCAAUUAUAUUAGGCUUUUGAAUGAGCUGCGUCGUGUUGGUGCGCAUUUCAUUGUUAAUAUUCCUACAAUCGUCUUUUGUGGAAGUCCAUCUGCAGGAAAAAGUAGCUUGUUUGAAUUGAUUUCAGGAAUAAAAUUAGAAAUCUGUACUCGCUGUGUAGUAGAACUACGAUUAACUGAAUCUGUUGGAACAUGGUCAUGUCAAGUUUCUCUUCGAAAAGAAUAUGAUGAAAAUGAGAAACGUCUUUCUCGUCCCAUUGAAACUAAAUUUGGUGACUUGAUCAAUGACAUAAAUCAAGUUGGAUUAACAGUACGUCGAGCUCAAAAAGCAUUACUUAAUCCUACGCAAGAUAACGAUAGAUAUCUCGAAUGGAAUUUUAAUUGCGAUGAACUUAAAUCAGACGAUCUCGAUUUCACAAAAAAUGUUGUAUGUAUAGAGAUUAAAGCGCCCAAUGUUCCAAAUUUAAGUUUAAUUGAUUUGCCAGGAAUUAUUCCUCAUAAACUCGAUCUCGGAUAUUGUAUUGUGAAUAAUCAGACUAAAAAGCAGUUAAUGGAAGAUAUUAAAUCUGAAGAUGAUAUUAAAUUUGAGGAAGCUAACCUAGUCGAGGUCGAGUUUUUUGAAAUGGGAGAAUCAUGGAAUAGUUUUUAUUCAUUCGAAAAAGCUGGAAUAAACCAGUUACAACAAAAAUUGGCGGAAUUAUUAAUUCAAGCUAUUGAGAAAGAUCUCCCAGACAUUCGAAAAAGUGUUGAAGAUAAAUUAGACGAGGUAUGCCGAGAUUUAGAAAGCAUCCCGAUGCAACUUUCUGAUAAUUCAAAAAUUGAAUUUUAUCGUAUGGUAAAAAAUUGUUCAACGAUUAUUAAAACGGAAACGAUGAGUUCUAAUGACCAAAUUGAAUUAUGGAAAUCAUUCAAUAAUAAAUUUACACAAUUCAAAAAAGAACUUUAUGUUUUACGGCCAAUUUUCUCAAUUGGUUGUGAAAUUAACACAAAUAAGAAACUUUCAACUGCAAAAUUUGAUAUGCUUGAUGAUUUCAUUGAAGAUCAUACUAUAAUUGAAAAUAGUAUAGAUCAAUUACAACAAAUAACAGAAGCUCAACUCUCAGAGAAAAUUAGCAAUGCUGGUGUAAGAUUACUACCUGGUUUCACUCCUUACUCAGCUGCAAAGCUUAUAAUUCAAGAAAACCAGGCAAAAUGGAAAAAACCUGCAGUGAAUUGUUUAAAUGCAGUUUACGAGGUUAUGUUAAAAUUAGUAAAUUCAUCUGUAGAAAAGACUUUUUCAAGAUUUCCUGGUUUAAUUGAAAAAGAAUGUAAAGACCUAACUGGAAAACAAAUGGAUCUCAUGCACCAAAUGGAACUAGCAAAUCAUCCAUUUACACUCGAUAAGCAAAUGAUGUUAAACUUAAAAAUGACAUAUUUAUAUUCACUUCAACAGGCAGUAAAAAAUGAGAAUAAAGAACCGUCAGACGCUUUAGAAAUUGUAGCAUUAAUUAUGGCAUAUUUAAAAUUUUCGAUUAAACGUUAUGUAGAUAACAUUGCUAUGACAAUAAUUCAUUUUUUAAUAGAAGAAUUUAGUAAAAAAAUUGAAGAAAAGUUAAUGGAUAUUUUUGUUCAUAAUGACGAAGAAUCGAUUAAUAAGUUGAUUAAGGAAGAUGACAGCACAAAGUAUCAAAGAGAGGACAUGUUAAAUCGUGAAAAGUAUUUAAAAGAAGUGCUUGAUAAGAUUAUAAAGUUUGGUAUUUAA